AUGGAAUCCGAGAUUGACUUACUUAGACAGGAGAAUGCCAGACUUAUGGCUAAGAUUACUGGGCUUGAGUUCGAGAGGAUCGAGCUUUUAAAGCAAGUUGCGGAAGAGAGAACAAAGCACGAAGCUGAAAAUGCCGAACUCAGGAGUAGGAUCGAGGAGUUAGAGAAGGAUAGGUCAGAUGUUGUUGCUGAAAAUGGCAGGCGUGAUGAUGCAAUUGCUGAGCUUAAGGCUGAAGUAGUAAAACUAAGGAACGACAAUGAGAAGAUCAAGCAACAAACCCAAGAUAUUUCUCUUGGGGAAGUUGUUAAUAUACCUAGCUCUGUUGUGGACCAGCUUGAUAAUGCUUCUGAGGCUUCAUCCAAAAUCCGGCUUUCUUGUGGGAGUAAGCAGAAGACAUUGGAGGAUAAAGAGACAAAUGCUUUCUUGAACGAGGUGGAUAAGAAAAGAGUUAGUGAUGAGAUUAGGCAGAGGAGUAGGGAGAAAAAACUUCAGUGUGAACUACCUAGCCAGGAGGCGCACUCGAUUUCCCAGAACACUGCAUCUACUACUUCCACUACUUUCCAUGAGCGAAAAAACGAACGGGACUUGAUUCGAGAAAUGAUUUCAUCCAAGGAAGAAAAGCAUGUGACUGAAAUUUUAGCGAACUUGGUUCACCCAAAUAAUGAUCGAGAGAGGAAUGAAGAUAUUAUUAGUCUAUAUAAAAACGUGUGUAAUGCGAAAGUAGGUGCAAUCGAAGCCAAUAGAGAAGAAACACUGCGUUGGUAUUUCUAUGCUAGAGAAUUCAAAAGCAUGUAUAAAGAUUUUAUGGUCAGCAAUAAAGUUAGGGAAAAGAAGGCGAAAGGUCAGGUAUAUGAUUUUAUUAUCAAACAACUACCCGACACCAAGCGCAAAACUUUAUGUAAGCAGACACAGAAAGCUUUAAGGAUUGACAAUUUAUUCGAAAAAAUAGGAAUGGACAAGAUUCAAUAUAUCAAAACAUAUAGUGCGGAUAUUAUUUCAAAAUUUACUAAUUCUCAGAUUCAAACGAUAAUAGAUUACUUCACCAAAAAAUCUGAUAUAGAAUACACCGAUGAUCAGAACAAUUCUUCAGAUGAUUUAUCCGAAACUGAGGUAAGAAUAUUACCAGAUACUGAGGUAAGUGCAUCAUCUUCAGAUACGAAGAAAACUUUACUGGAAAUGGAG